UCAAUAAGUUGAUUGGCGAGAAAAGGGAAGUGUCGGUGGUGUCCCAGACAGACUAGAAAACUAGUAUUUUGACGUGUUUAGGCUGUGUACUCAUAGGUUUUAGCUUUAGCCUUCACCGCCUACAAGAACCAGCAGUAAUUUACCAUUUUCCACAGUCUCUCACAGACAGGUGAUGAGAGUUGCGAGGCUUUAGCAGAAGUAUAAGGAGAUCAUGGAUGACGACAGCAGGCCUUUGCUGAACUCGGAGUACGUCGGAGAGAAUUACUCCCACAGAGGCUCCACAGACUCACUGGACUUUAAAGUCAAAAGGCCUUUCCACGUGAAGCCACGGAACAUCGUAGAAGAUGAUCCUCAGGAGAGAAUCUCUGAAAAAGCUUCCCUCCUCAACAGCAGACUCCAGUACUACGGCAGACUGACAGGCUCCUCUGACAGACUGCUGAGUCCUCCAGAUCAUGUGAUCCCUGCACCAGAGGAUAUAUACUUCUACAGCCCUCUUGGGACAGCAUUUAAAGUGUCAGACAGCAGCCAAGUCUCUAAAAACCCCAGUAUUAUUACAAUCUUUGCGAUAUGGAACACAAUGAUGGGUACAUCGAUACUCAGUAUACCAUGGGGUAUUAAGCAGGCUGGUUUCACUCUGGGUAUCCUCAUCCUCAUUAUCAUAGGCCUGCUCAUGCUGUACUGCUGUUACAUCGUCAUCAAAUCGCCAAAGUACAUCACCAUGGAGGAUACGUCCAACUGGGAAUUCCCAGACGUUUGUAGGUUCUACUUUGGAAAGUUUGGCCAGUGGUCCAGCUUGAUCUUCUCCAUGGUAUCUCUCAUUGGAGCCAUGGUGGUCUACUGGGUCCUCAUGUCUAACUUCCUCUUUAACACUGGGCAGGGUAUCUACAACUUUGCUAACAAUAUCAACACGUCAGACUCAGACUUUGGAACCAACGGCUCAGAAAGAGUCAUUUGUCCAUACACCAAAUUCCAACCUGGAAGAAACAACACCAGCAGCCUGCUCUUCUUGGACAAAAUGGGGAAUUCCUCAGAUGCGGGGUCUUUUGACCAAUAUUGGAGUAAAACCAACACUGUUCCUUUCUACCUCAUUAUUCUGCUGCUGCCACUGCUCUGCCUCCGCUCAGCAUCCUUCUUCGCAAGGUUCACCUUCUUUGGCACCAUAUCGGUCAUCUACCUGAUUGCACUGGUCACAGUUAAAGCUGUCCUCCUUGGUUUCCACCUCGAGUUCCAUUGGAUUGAUUCGUCUCAGUUCUAUGUUCCAGAAUUCAGAGAGUUUUUUCCUCAGUUGACUGGUAUUCUCACUUUGGCCUUCUUCAUUCACAACUGCAUCAUCACACUGAUGAAGAACAACAAAAACCAAGAAAACAAUGUCCGGGACCUGUCUGUGGCAUAUCUUCUUGUUGGGCUGACCUAUCUGUAUGUGGGGAUUCUGAUCUUUGCUUCUUUUCCCUCGCCUCCUCUUUCCAAAGAGUGCAUUGAACCAAACUUUUUAGAUAACUUCCCCUGCAGUGACAAGUUGGUGUUUGUGGCUCGAUUCCUGUUGCUGUUUCAAAUGAUCACGGUCUAUCCGCUUUUGGGAUACUUGGUACGAGUCCAGAUUAUGGGUCAGAUCUUUGGAAGGCAUUAUCCCAGUUUCUUUCACAUUCUUACACUGAACAUCAUAAUUGUUGGAGCUGGUGUUGUAAUGGCCAAGUUUUAUCCCAACAUUGGAUCUAUUAUACGAUACUCUGGAGCAAUAUGUGGAUUGGCAUUAGUGUUUUUGUUUCCUGCCCUGAUCCACAUGGUGUCGCUGAAACAGCAGGGACGACUCAGCUGGCCGUCGGCUCUUUUCCACAGUUUCCUCAUCGUCCUGGGCGUGGCCAACUUAGUUGCACAGUUUUUUAUGUGAGAAGCGAUCGCUCAGUCGUUAAGAGCGAAUCAAAUCUGGGGCCUCGUGGACAGAGCUGCACAGUUUCACCACAGGUCAAGAGUUUGUGUAUGUUUACGCACACUUUCACACAACACUCAUUUUUUAAAAAUACAUCCCGACGUGUGUGGAGCACUGUGUGCGCAACUUUUUCAUACAUGAAGCCCCUGGAGAAGAGUUUAGCCAAGGAUCUGUUCAGUUUUUGUGCUGCAAUUAUUACAAACCACAGCAGCUUCUGAUCAUUCACUUUAUGUCAGAAUCGUGUUACUGUUGUGGAACAAAGUAAAGUCCACUCUUUUUCAACUCUGGGAUUUUAUGUAUUACGACAUAAUAAAAAUAUUAGAUAUUUAAAGAUUAGGAUUUUUUUCUGAUUCAAACUAAAAUGUACAAAAGCACCAAUGCCAUUAUUUAUUAAACAAUAACAAAUUCAAAAUGGAAAAGCCAAGUCCACAUUUAGCUUGUUCCAUAGGAUGUAGGAGGGAAAGUAGAAGCUUUAUGCACUUGAUUACCCGAUCAUCAUCAGUGCAGCUCCGUUAUAAAAGCUGAAAUUGUGGCUUUUUGCUGUUCUGUAGCAUACAGGUUUGUUUUUACACAAUGUCAAGGAGGAAUUCCUGAGAGAGGCAAUCGUUGCUGCUCAUCAAUCUGUAGGGGUUAAAGGUCAUUUUCAAAAUAUUUCAACAGAGUAAAGGUUUAUUCACAAGUGUAUAAUAUUUAAAGAUAUUUGGUAGCCUUCCUAGAGGUGAACAUCUCAAAUUCACCCCAAAGCCAGACUGCGCAAUGACCAAAGAUGUUGCAAAAACUCCCAUUGCAUACCACAGACCUGUGUUAACAGGUAAAACCUUUAGGUUCAUGACAGGACAAUUAGACAAACACUGAACAAAUGUGGCUUGUUUGAAAGACAAGACUUUUUGAACAACUUCCUUUGGACAAAUGACACUAAAGUAGAGACAUUUACAUAUAAUACACAGACACUCUGCAGCAAAUCUGCAACAGAAGAGAUAAAAAAGAAAGGAAUCAAGGUGUUUUAGUCCAGCCUACGUCCAGACCUCAAGCUGUAUGGAAUAACGUGGAAGCUGAGCAGAAACUAAAGUCUGCAAACCUCAGUAUAAAUGGGCCAGAAUUCCUCCAAAACAAUGCGAGAGAGUGGUGAAGUCAUAGAAAAUCACUGAGAGCUGAAGAUGUUUCUACAAGCUGUAGAAUACAGAUUUUCAAUUUUCAAACUUGGUGAAAUCUGUUUUUGGUGUUUUGUUCACUUGAAGUAAAGACCAGAUCAUUUUAUUAUGUCCUGAUGCAUAAAAUCUUAGAAUUGAAAUAGGUUUGAUUCCCCCCCCCAUGACUGCAAUUUAUGCAUUUGUAUUUGUUCUAAGGGUAGUACCAAAAAAAUGAUUUUUUAAAUCUUUUUAUUUUAUGUAAUUCAGAAAUGUAUUUUGUAGAUCAAAGUUUCUAAAAAUGUUACUGAUUACCUUUGCUUCCGCCGAUCUUUGACACCAAACAGCUCUGAGACGAACUGUAUUUAAACUCAGAAACAGCUGCUUGGUUGGUAAAGAUGAAAAAUGUGGGCUUUAAGUCGCCUGUAUUGUAUGGAAAAUUUAUUUACAAAAAUAGUUUGCCUAAGAUUGUAGCAAUGACUCUAUUAAGGGAAAAAAUGGUUGCACCCUAAACUUCAUGAUAUUGAUGCUUUCUGAUGAAAUUGUUUUGCUGUUUGUUUUGGUUCAGUGUUACAUUAGUUUUAAUCAGUCAAACCAAAUCUGUUCUCUUUAAAUUCAUGAUUUCUCUGCUGCUAUUUGACCAGUUGUCCUGCUGCCACUGCUGAUUCAGCGUCGCUGCUCUAACUUUGCUUUUCUUUAAGACUUAAAAAAUGCUCUUAAAGGGAUUAUCUGGCUAAUUUGAAGAAGUGUUCUGUGGAAAAGUUAUGAACGCUUUGAACAACCUCAGUUAAGUGAAAUGGUGAACCAUCAACAAGACUGUGAAGCACAUGAUGAAACUAAAGGUGCUGCCAUCUUAAAACGGUUUCAGUAGUUCAUUCAGAUUCAGAAAACUUCUACUGCUGUCAGUUUUCCAGAACACGAUCAUUCACUUAGAAUUUCCUGGUUUACAUAACAGCUGCAACACUUCCAGUGCAGCCUGCACUGGAAAUAGAGAAUAUUUCUGCUGAAAUAACCAGAUAAUGUGAAACUGAUGUCAAUGUAAAAGUUUGCAAAAGAGCAUUUGCAAGAAUCAUUAUGACAUGUAAAAGACUGGAGUUGUUUUAAGAUGACACUGGUCCACUUAGGAACUGGUUUUGCUUGGACAAGCCAAUCAUUGGUCAUUAAAGUCUGAGUUGACCCACUUCUGAAGUGGACUAGUUUUGCCCUGCAGUCAGAGCUGUUAGCUUGUCAGUCCUGUUGGGUGUAAAACUGUUGCUCCAAGCUGAGGCAAUAUCUGCAGCAGGUAAGAUAUUAAUUGUUCAUAACUCUUUCACUGAACUCCACUUAAACAUGUUUUGAUAGUUUGACCAAGCAGCUGUGGUCAGUGGAGCAGACGGUGUCUUCAGGAGUUAGUUAUGAUUGGAGACAAUAAUUAUUAAACUUUGUUUUAUCAGGAGGAAAAAACUCCAACUUCUGGAUGUUGCAAUAAUGAGCAAACAAUUGUUUUAUCCAAUAAUCAAAUUAAAAUAUUUCUGGCUAUGGAAAUGUUUUGUUUUCAAUCUAAUCACGGUGAGUUCAUAAUUUUGAACAAGCAUUUCAAGUCUUAACUUUUCUUUAAAUUGUGCUGACUUGCAUAUUUGUUGUAAUGUGUUUUAGCAUUGAUGAGAGAUAAAGGGAAUUUCUGCAUGAAAAUAAAAUAUCACUUUAAAAUGUCAUUUUUAAUAAACUUCUGUUUAGUUAGAACUA